UAUUGGUUACUUGUUGGUUACAAAUUGCUAUAUGAUUGGUUGUCGCAACCAGAAAUKUCCUUGACUCACCGUUGUCAGGGGGAGCCAAGGAUGCUACUGACACUUGCACCAAAUAUUUUGUAUUACUAAACCAAGCUAGACCCCAGCCUGUCGUUUCCAAUGGGAACAAAUUAUUCGUGGAUGCGUUCGUAAAUUCGCUGUGGCUAUGUACUCCGAUUUCAGAGCGCUAUUGUCUGCGUGUGCAAUAACUCAAUUUGCUUUUGCAAUCCUUCUAAACAACGCGAUUUUUAAAAACKUUUGCAAAGGGUAAAGUCUACAAAACUUAGUCCACUCUGUUCAUAACAGAGUGUCGGCCAAAAUCCAUCUUGUUUCAUCCUUCUGCCGCUGCCGUCCAGUGGGCUUCCUCUCACUACAUUUAUACAUCCGGUUAAAUAUCUGUCUCAUUGUUCUAUCUGUGCGUUUCAAGAGUGAAAGUAAGAGCAGUACGGACAGACAGAUCAAGUUAAGAUAAUACGACUUUUGAUCUGGUAUUUGACGACCCUCUCAUCCAAACCUGAUGUUUGUGACUAGUUUGUUUUUUUCUGUCUUGGUUGACAUCGUGACAAUAUUGUGCGUAACAGGUGAUCAUGUCUGUGUCGCUCUGCAGGGUCAGUGAAAUACAGUCAGUCAUGAACAAUAAGGAGGUGGAAAUCUUAGCACCUUUAAGUAGGCCUCAAGAGGACCUCUUGUCAGAUGCAAUGGGAAACUACUCAGCCACAGGAGGCGAACCAAACACACUUCCUACAGACGUUAACAAAGACGCUAACAUUCAAGAAUCAAUUCAAGAUGUAAACAAACUUCCCACCGACAGCGAGAAAUCAUCCAAGCUUUCAAGCAAGGCUGUCAUUAAGGUGGGGAAUGCAGAUGACAUGGAGACCUAUGAGCAGAAUAACAUCCAGCAGGAACCUCCAAAAGAGUCRAAGAUGGAGAAGUUCUUCACCAUUCUGACUGGGAAUACUCUGGGGUCUCAUGAGGAAAUAAAUCGCCGGCUCACUGAAAAUGGUUUAACUAAGGUGACGUCAUCGGAGGAGAGUGAUGUCAUCAUGGCUUUCUGUCCCAUUGUCUCUCGUGCUGGGACUGAUAUUGAAGCAGCACUGCAGCAGAUUCCUGCUGGUAAACCUGUCAUUCUGGUAGUACUGCAUCACACCUUCAACCCAGACUACACUGUACCUGACAGCAGCAGACUAGUGACCAGAGGUGAUGUAAUACUCACAGUGGACUGUCUCUUCUAUGAGAGGCAGGGACUAUUGGAGUGUCAUCGCAAUGAAGCAGCAGUCAAAACGAUUGUGAACAUAAUACCGCCAGAGAAUGGCUGGGAGAUUAUUGACAAGAGUGAAGUCAGUGAAGCCAGUAAAGCCCUUGAGCAUAAAAACCUGGAGGAUUCUCCAAAAGUGCCAAGGAUAGCUCUACUAGCUAUUGUAGCAGGGAAUACUCUGGGGUCUCAUGAGGGCAUAACACAGCAACUAACCACAACCAGUAGUGUAACUGGGGUGAAAUCACCAAAGGAGAGUGAUUUCAUCAUGGUUUUCUGUCCCAUCGUCUCUCGUGCUGGGACUGAUAUUGAAGCAGCACUGCAGCAGAUUCCAGCUGGUAAACCUGUCAUUCUGGUAGUACUGCAUCACACCUUCAACCCAGACUACACUGUACCUGACAGCAGCAGACUAGUGACCAGAGGUGAUGUAAUACUCACAGUGGACUGUCUCUUCCAUGAGAGCCAGGGACUAUUGGAGUGUCAUCGCAAUGAAGCAGCAGUCAAAGAGAUUCUGAAGAAGCUUAAUAUACAUCCUGAGAUUGCAGUUUCUUUCGUUGACCCUCGUAUCUGGCAGUUCUCAACUGAAGUUUACCAAUUGUUUAAGUCAGUUCUAACUUCAUGUAAGUGUAUUAAUUGAUAUUAUUCUUUACAUGAACACAGGUCAAAUCAAUAUCACAUCAAGAUAAGAUGAAAGUACAAUUUCAAAUGUUAUGUUAGCAUCAGUAAUCAAAAUUGAAUUCUGCAAACUGAUACCACACUAGCUCCUAGUUGUACUAACUGUUAAUUGUGCCUGGGUGUUUACCGUGUGAAGAAGACAAUGAUGCUGACAUUGCUUUUAUGAAUAACAGGAAGAUUAAAGGGAUA